UCUGGCAUCGAAGUAUCCAGACAUAUGCACGUUCUGGUCUUACGACGCUUGGGUCUACCGUCUGGACAUACGCAGGCUCUUUUAUUUAUUCCUUGGGUCUGGAAUCGGGCUUCUGUCUGGAGUAGCACUCAAAGCCCAAGCAAAUUGCCCAAGCAAUAGGUCAAGUUUUCAUAAAUGGGCUGCUGUUACUUAUUUCACUCGAUGCAAAUCAUGAUUGGCACUUACAUCAGUUGGAUAUUAAAAAUGCAUUUUUGCAUGGUGACCUUAAGGAAGAAGUCUAUAUUGAGCAACCUCCGGGAUUUGUUGCUCAGGGGGAGUAUGGUGAAGUUUGUCGACUUCGCAAAUCUCUUUAUGGUCUGAAACAGAGACCUCGUGCAUGGUUUGGGAAAUUCAAUCAAUCAAUUGAACAAUUUGGAAUGAUAAAAGGCAAAUCAGACCACUCUGUCUUUUACAAACAAACAGAAUCAGGUGUCACAUUGCUUGUGGUAUAUGUUGAUGAUAUUGUGAUUACAGGGAGUGAUAUGCAGGUAUUUUGGCCCUUAAGAAUUUUCUGCAUAGUCAAAUCCAGACGAAAGAUCUUGGCUCUUUGAAAUACUUUCUGGGAAUUGAGGUAACACGAAGUAAGAAAGGCAUAUUUCUAUCUCAACGUAAAUAUGUACUUGACUUACUAGCUGAGGCAGGGAAAUUAGGGACAAAACCAAGUACAACACCCAUGGUUCCCAACGUGCAACUCACUCAAGAAGGCACACCAUUUGAAGACCCAGAAAGAUAUAGAAGACUGGUUGGAAAGCUUAAUUAUCUCGCAGUCACCCGUCCAGAUAUUGCUUAUUCUGUGAGUGUAGUGAGUAAAUACAUGUCAUCUCCAACCAUUGAUCAUUGGACUGCAGUAGAACACAUAUUAUGUUACUUAAAGGGUGCACCAGGACGAGGUAUUGUUUAUCAAAACCAUGAUCACAUGAGAAUAGAAUGUUUUGCAGAUGCUGAUUGGGCCGGUUCUAAAGAUGAUCGAAGAUCUACAUCUGGUUAUUGUGUCUUUGUUGGUGGUAAUCUUGUAUCUUGGAAGAAUAAGAAGCAGAAUGUGGUCUCUCGUUCGAGUGCCGAAUCAGAAUAUCGAGCUAUGGCACAAUCUGCAUGUGAGAUCAUAUGGAUAAGUCAUUUAUUGACCGAGCUCGGACUGAAGACAUCAAUGUCUGCUAAAUUGUGGUGUGAUAACCAAGCUGCUAUACACAUAGCAAAAAAUCCUGUAUUUCAUGAGAGAACAAAGCAUAUUGAGGUCGAUUGUCAUUUUAUUGGAGAGAAGAUACAAAAAGGAUUGAUCUCUACAGGAUAUGUGAAGACUGGGGAACAACUUGGAGAUUUGUUCACUAAAGCACUAAAUGGAAUUCGAGUUGGUUAUUUAUGUAACAAGUUGGGCAUGAUAAAUAUCUAUGCUCCAACUUGAGGGGGAGUGUGAAAGUAUAUUAGAAUAUACUUUAGAAUAUGCUUUAGAAUAUAUUAGGAAUAUACCAUAUAUAGUAUUAUUGUAUAGCAUCUUUUAUAGGAAUAUUCUAUCUUUGUAAUCUAUAUUUAUAGGGCCUUAC